GUGGGGCGAACCUGCUGCAAAUGGCCCUUCCGAGCCUGGCCAAGGAGGCCUUGGCCUUUUUCCUAUGCCGAGUCUAGAUCUUUCCCCGCAUGAACCAGCAUCACCUUUCGGAGUACCUUCUCCGGCGGAACAACAAGCAACGGGAGCACCACCAAUGGGAGUCACGCCUCCAAUGGGAGCCCCUCCCAUGGCAGGAUUAGCUCCAAUGGGAGGAGCAGCUCCGAUGGCAGGAUUCGCUCCGUCAACUGGACCAUUCUCGAUGGGUUCACCUCCGAAGGAAGCAUCCCCAAUGGGCUCACUUCCAGCUGGAGCAUUUGACAUGGGCUCCCCUCCCCUAGGUGGACCUCCGACGGUAUCCUCCUUGUUCGGAACUUCUACAGCAGAACCGUCUUCAAUGGGAUCCUCGGCAGCGGGAGCAGCCCCAGUGGGGGUCACACCUCCCAUGGGAGCACCACCAAUGGGAGCACCACCAAUGGGAGUCGCGCCGCCCACGGGACAACCAAUGGGAGUCACACCUCCCAUGGGAGCCCCUCCCAUGGCAGGAUCAGCUCCAAUGGGAGGAGCAGCUCCGAUGGCAGGAUUCGCUCCGUCAACUGGACCAUUCUCGAUGGGUUCACCUCCGAAGGAAGCAUCCUCAAUGGGCUCCCCGCCAGCUGCAGCAUUUGACAUGGGCUCCCCUCCCCUAGGAGGACCUCCGACGGCAUCCUCCUUGUUCGGAACUUCUACAGCAGAACCGUCUUCAAUGGGAUCCUCGGCAGCGGGAGCAGCCCCAGUGGGGGUCACACCUCCCAUGGGAGCACCACCAGUGGGCGCACCACCAAUGGGAGUCACGCCGCCCACGGGACAACCAAUGGGAGUCACACCUCCCAUGGGAGCCCCUCCCAUGGCAGGAUCAGCUCCAAUGGGAGGAGCAGCUCCGAUGGCAGGAUUCGCUCCGUCAACUGAACCAUUCUCGAUGGGUUCACCUCCGAAGGAAGCAUCCUCAAUGGGCUCCCCGCCAACUGGAGCAUUUGACAUGGGCUCCCCUCCCCUAGGAGGACCUCCGACGGCAUCAUCUUUGUUUGGAACUUCUCCAACAGAACCGUCUUCAAUGGGAUCCUCGGCAGCGGGAGCAGCCCCAGUGGGAGCCACACCUCCCAUGGGAGCACCACCAACGGGAGCACCACCAAUGGGAGUCACGCCUCCAAUGGGAGCCCCUCCCAUGGCAGGAUUAGCUCCAAUGGGAGGAGCAGCUCCGAUGGCAGGAUUCGCUCCGUCAACUGGACCAUUCUCGAUGGGUUCACCUCCGAAGGAAGCAUCCCCAAUGGGCUCACUUCCAGCUGGAGCAUUUGACAUGGGCUCCCCUCCCCUAGGUGGACCUCCCACGGUAUCCUCCUUGUUCGGAACUUCUCCAACAGAACCAUCUUCAAUGGGAUCCUCGGCAGCGGGAGCAGCCCCAGUGGGGGUCACACCUCCCAUGGGAGCACCACCAAUGGGAGCACCACCAAUGGGAGUCACGCCGCCCACGGGACAACCAAUGGGAGUCACACCUCCCAUGGGAGCCCCUCCCAUGGCAGGAUCAGCUCCAAUGGGAGGAGCAGCUCCGAUGGCAGGAUUCGCUCCGUCAACUGGACCAUUCUCGAUGGGUUCACCUCCGAAGGAAGCAUCCUCAAUGGGCUCCCCGCCAACUGGAGCAUUUGACAUGGGCUCCCCUCCCCUAGGAGGACCUCCGACGGCAUCAUCUUUGUUUGGAACUUCUCCAACAGAACCGUCUUCAAUGGGAUCCUCGGCAGCGGGAGCAGCCCCGGUGGGAGCCACACCUCCGAUGGGAGUCACUCCUCCCAUGGGAGUCACCCCUCCCAUCGGAGCCACCCCUCCCAUCGGAGUAGCGCCUCCCAUGAGGUCACCUGCAGUCACUCCCCCCGUGGUGUCAGCACCGAUUGCAGCAUCAGCUCCAAUGGGAAUACCUUCAACGGGGGCGCCUCCCGUGGAGGCAUCUCCAAUGGGCUCACUGCCCGCUGAGGUGUCUGCCACACCUUUCAGGGGAGCCUAUCCGAGCAAGUCCUCCGGAGGUGUUGUAGUCGCCUUCAGCGCUGACGGCAGAGUUCUGCGUGCAGCACCGGAUGGCAACACCAAAGAGUACGCCAUGCAGGACGUUUUGCGGAAUAGUCUUGGCGAAUGGCAUCAGAGCCUGGAGUCUUUUCCUGGACCAUUUGGGCGGGUGGACGAUAGCACAACUGAGGCAGUUCUGCAGUACUUGGAGGACAUAACCACAAAACUUGAGUCCGGUGGAUCACAGUACUGCACGCUGGAAGCCGCUGCGCAAUUUCCAAAGUCUGCUGCAACGGCCUGCCGCUUUUUGCACUGCUUGGUGAAAGCAAACGGCAGGGUCCAGUCGGAUGCCUUUUGGCAACUCUUUGCUCCUGUGCUAGCUGACCACGCGGAGGCACUGCGGCCACAGGGAGAGACUAGCGCGCUGCAAAGAUUUUGCGCAAAAGUCUGUCAGGGUGACGUCACUGGUGCUGUACAGGAUGCCUGCCUUGCUGGCAUGUGGCCCUAUGCAAUGGCUCUGUCUCGACUUCUCGAUCCUGGAUCCAAUGGUACCGUUCUCCUCAAAUUUGUCGAAGCAGCAAAGCCUGGCAGAGCAGAGGCUGCGCCAAUGUCAACGCAGGAUGCAGAGGAUCCAACUGUUUGCGCCUUGUUGUUCCUCUUCAAAUGUGUCGGCAAAGGAUCUCCGCCUGAAAUCACAGAGAAAGUUCUCGCAGGCUGGCCUGCAUAUGCAGCUGUCUUUUCGCUGCUGUCGAGGCGUCAUGACUACGCGAACCUGGCAAUUUCCUUCAUUGAGUCUCUAGCUGCAAGGCUGGCAGGCAAAGGGGAUGUCUUCGCAGGCCAUGUGUGCUAUCUCAUGACAGGGGAGAGGACACUUGAUGCUGUUGACGCUCCUUCCAGCCUCGUAUGUGUUUUGGGCGUCGAACAUCGAAGUCCGAAGAACUUUUCGCGCCUGCUCGACCCGUUGGCCUUGCAACUGUCGGAAAUUUUCGAGUACGCUUUGCGCUGUGGCAAUGCUGACUCCUUGUGUCCAACUAUACAGCCGUUCAAGUUGGCGCAUGCUAUGCUGCUUGCAGACAUGGGCUUGACCGACAAAGCCAGACGCUACAUGGUUUUGCUGCAGGCCUUUGUGAAGGCGGUUCCUCAGAACCGACUGUCGGAUGCUUUCCGCUCGAGCAUGCGGGAGUUCAAUGAGGUUUUGAAUCCGAGCUUGUCAACUGGUCACCCGUUCCAGGAUGCUGGAGUCGGCAGGACUUUCAAGGAGCCGCCAAAACGGCCUGAUCGAAUGGAUGGCUCGCAGGAGCCGCCAAAACGGCCUGAUCGAAUGGAUGGCUCGCAGGAGCCGCCAAAACGGCCUGAUCGAAUGGAUUUUACAGAGACUGUGGAGAGCGAUCCACUCAUUAAUGCUGGGAAGGCAGUCCUUGGCUUCGGAAAGUCCUUGUUCUCAGCCAUGAAGGGAGAAAGUGCCAAGAGUGAAACUCAGAGCCAGGGGGAGGCGCAAGGAGGGUUCUACUUUGACAAGGAGAAAGGUCGCUGGUUCCAGCGCGGCCUGGAGGAGCAGCAACAGGCCGACGCCUCCGAGUAUGAUCCUAUGACGGGCAAGAAGCUCCUUCCCAAGGUGGCUGAGCCUCCGCCACCCAUGGGCGGUCCGCCCACAGGCGGCCCACCAAUGGGCGGCCCGCCAAUGGGCGGCCCGCCAAUGGGCGGACCUCCAGCUGGCGGCCCGCCUAUGGUUGGUCCUCCUCCGAUGGGAAGUUCAGGAGGCAAUCCAUUUGCUGGAGCCGCAUUGGGUAGAAAUGCUGGAGCGGCUUCACUCUAUGUAAAUCCUUUGGGGGCCGGAGCUCCAGGCGCUUUGAGCCUUGCGGCUCCGGACCCUGCGGUGGAUGCUUUGGUGGUCCUGGGCCCUGCGGUCCCUGCGGUCCCUGCAGUCCCUACGGUCCCUGCGGUCCCGGGCCCACUCCUGGACCUUGCGGAUGCCCAGCAAAUGGGCCCCUCUCGGCACCGUUCGGCCAGGCCCAGGCUGGCGGAGUGAAGUCAAGUCCAUUUGGAUAACUC